CGGAUUUCUCUUUGGAGAGCGCUGCCUAAGUGUCGCUUAAUCACGAAGCAUCUGAUUUCCUCCCGGUUAUCUGUCAUGCUGCUUAUGAUCUAGUACCUUGGAGGGAGGGACGCAGAGGAUUUUGGCCAUGGCCCCAAGGAAAAGAAGCGGCCGAGGGAUCUCGUUCAUCUUCUGCUGCUUUCGGAGCAGCGACCACCCGGAGAUCACGUACCGGCUUCGCAAUGACAGCAGCUUUGCCCUGCAGACCAUGGAGCCCGCGCUGCCCAUGCCGCCCGUGGAAGAACUGGACGUCAUGUUCACUGAGCUGGUGGAUGAACUUGACCUCACUGACAAGCACAGAGAAGCAAUGUUUGCACUGCCAGCGGAGAAGAAAUGGCAGAUCUACUGCAGCAAGAAGAAAGACCAGGAAGAAAAUAAAGGAGCCACCAGCUGGCCAGAGUUUUAUAUUGAUCAGCUGAAUUCAAUGGCUGCUAGGAAAUCACUGAUUGCUUUGGAAAAAGAAGACGAGGAGGAGAGGAAUAAAACAAUAGAAAGUUUGAAGACUGCACUGAGGACGAAACCAAUGAGGUUUGUGACCCGCUUCAUCGACCUGGACGGCUUGUCRUGUAUCCUGAACUUCCUCAAAAGCAUGGACUAUGAGACAGCAGAGUCUCGAAUACAUACCUCACUCAUUGGAUGUAUAAAGGCACUAAUGAACAACUCCCUGGGCCGGGCUCACGUCCUGGCCCACUCGGAGAGCAUUAACGUAAUCGCUCAGAGUCUGAGCACGGAGAAUAUUAAGACGAAGGUGGCAGUGCUGGAAAUCAUGGGCGCUGUGUGCCUGGUUCCUGGGGGUCACAAGAAGGUACUGGAGGCGAUGCUGCACUACCAGAAAUACGCCAGCGAGCGGACUCGGUUUCAGACGCUSAUCAACGACCUGGACAAGAGCACGGGGCGGUAUCGGGACGAGGUGAACCUCAAGACGGCCAUCAUGUCCUUCAUCAACGCCGUGCUGAGCCAGGGCGCCGGUGUGGAAAGCCUGGAUUUCAGACUCCAUCUGAGAUACGAGUUUCUCAUGCUGGGAAUCCAGCCCGUCAUUGAUAAACUAAGAGAGCAUGAAAAUUCAACCCUAGACCGGCAUUUAGAUUUUUUUGAAAUGCUUAGAAAUGAAGAUGAACUGGAAUUUGCCAAAAGAUUUGAACUGGUUCACAUAGACACCAAAAGUGCAACACAGAUGUUUGAGCUGACAAGGAAGAGGCUGACUCACACAGAAGCGUAUCCCCACUUCAUGUCCAUCCUCCACCACUGCCUCCAAAUGCCUUAUAAAAGAAGUGGCAACACUGUCCAGUACUGGCUACUGCUCGACAGGAUCGUGCAACAGAUUGUCAUACAGAGUGACAAGGGGCAGGACCCCGACGCCACCCCUCUGGAGAACUUCAACAUCAAGAAUGUUGUCCGCAUGUUAGUCAAUGAAAAUGAAGUUAAGCAGUGGAAGGAGCAAGCCGAAAAAAUGCGCAAAGAGCACAGCGAGCUCCAGCAGAAGCUGGAAAAGAAGGAGCGGGAGUGCGACGCCAAGGCCCAGGAGAAGGAGGAGAUGAUGCAGACACUGAACAAGAUGAAGGAGAAGCUGGAGAAGGAGUCCACCGAGCACAAGCAGGUCAAGCAGCAGGUGGCCGACCUCACGGCACAGCUCCACGAGAUGAGCCGGAGAGCCACCUGUGCCGCGGUCCCCGGAGGACCCCCCUUGCCCCCAGGCGCUCCCGGCGGCCCGUUGCCAUCCCCGUCUCCAGGAUCCCUCCUGCCGCCGCCGCCGCCGCCGCCACCGCCGGGAGGGUGUCCCCCGCCGCCGCCACCGCCGCCGCCGCCGGGCGGCCCCCCGCCGCCCCCCGGCCCCCCGCCCCUCGACGGGGUGCUGCCCCCGCCCGGGGCGCCGCUGGGCUUGGCCCUCAAGAAGAAGAGCAUCCCACAGCCCACAAACGCCCUCAAGUCCUUCAACUGGUCCAAGCUGCCCGAGAACAAGCUGGCCGGCACUGUGUGGACCGAGAUCGACGACGCAAAAGUCUUCAAAAUCCUCGACCUGGAGGACCUCGAGAGAACCUUCUCGGCCUACCAAAGACAGCAGGACUUCUUUGUGAACAGUAACUCCAGACAGAAGGAAGAUGCUAUCGAUGACACGUUGAGUUCCAGGCAUAAAGUCAAGGAGCUUUCAGUAAUAGACGGCCGGAGAGCUCAGAACUGCAAUAUUCUUCUCUCAAGGCUGAAGCUGUCGAAUGAGGAGAUCAAGCGGGCGAUCCUGACUAUGGAUGAGCAGGAGGACCUUCCCAAGGACAUGCUGGAACAGCUCCUGAAAUUUGUUCCUGAAAAGGGUGACAUUGACCUCCUGGAAGAGCACAAGCACGAGCUGGACCGCAUGGCCAAGGCAGACCGGUUCCUCUUUGAAAUGAGCAGGAUAAACCAUUACCAGCAACGACUGCAGUCCCUCUACUUCAAGAAGAAGUUUGCAGAGAGAGUUGCAGAAGUCAAACCCAAGGUUGAAGCCAUCCGCGCCGGCUCCAAGGCCGUKCUCCAGAGCAGCAGCCUGCAGCAGCUGCUGGAAGUGGUCCUGGCCUUCGGCAACUACAUGAACAAGGGCCAGAGGGGAAACGCYUUCGGGUUCAAGAUCUCCAGCCUGAACAAGAUUGCGGACACCAAGUCCAGCAUUGACAAGAACAUUACUCUUUUGCACUAUCUCAUCACUAUCGUGGAAAAGAAAUACCCCAAAGUUCUCCGCCUUCACGAAGAGCUGCGAGACAUCCCGCAAGCGGCCAAAGUCAACAUGACAGAACUGGAGAAAGAAAUAAACACUCUGCGGAGCGGGCUGCGAGCCGUGGAGACCGAACUGGACUUCCAGAAGUCUCAGGUUCCGCAGGCAGGAGACAAGUUUGUGUCUGUCGUCAGCCAGUUCAUCACAUUAGCCAGCUUCAGCUUCUCAGAUGUGGAAGAUCUUCUGAUGGAAGCAAAAGAGCUGUUUUCUAAGGCCGUGAAGCACUUUGGAGAAGACACGGACAAAAUGCAGCCWGACGAGUUUUUCGGCAUCUUCGACCAGUUCCUUCAAGCUGUGACCGAGGCCAAGCAGGAGAAUGAAAACAUGAGGAGGAGGAAGGAGGAGGAGGAGCGCCGCGCACGCAUGGAGGCCCAGCUGAAGGAGCAGCGGGAGCGGGAGCGCAAGGCGCGCAAGGCCAAGGAGAGCGGCGAGGAGGGCGGCGAGUUCGACGACCUCGUCUCGGCCCUGCGCUCGGGCGAAGUCUUCGACAAGGACCUCUCCAAGCUGAAGCGCAACCGCAAGCGCAUCGCCAACCAGCUGGCCGACGGCAGCCGCGAGAGGCCCGUCACCAAGCUCAACUUCUGAGGGACCCUUUCCAAGGGGAGACCA